AAGUGCCAAAGCGUAGAACUGUCAAGAGCUAAAAAUAUAACACAGUUUACAUUGAAUUAAAAUUAACAUACAAUGUAUAUUAUUUCGACUUUCAGAACUAUCAACGGAGAAGAGGAAUUAAAGGAACAACGUCUUGUUAAAGAAUGACUUGGUUUAGUGCUUUUCGAGGAGACUUUGGGUUUUCUUUCUAUGGACAAAAGAGAACACCGGUUACCAUUGAUAUUCAACUUGUUAGUGCUAUUUACGCAUGCGUUCUUGUUUCCGUAGCAACGAUUAUAGUGGCUCUUGGCAUUCGUGGAAAAGAAAGAUGGAUUAACCUAAUACGAGUUGUGUUUAGUCUGGGUAUUGGAACAACCAUUAUUUUGGCUUCGUUAGGUUACUGUUGGCAAUUUGGUGAGGUGCAGGUUAAAUCAACGUAUAUCUACAGAUCCGAGGAACAAUUUUCGGGAACUCUUGGCAUGUUUGUUGGCCUUCGAAGAAUCAAUAUUACAUUAUCAGGUAAUUUUAAUCAAUCAAAAGGGGAGAUAAACUACAAUGAGGCAGUGGACUUAGAGAAUGUGAGGGGUCCUAUCCAGGAAUUGCGACAUUGUUUGGGAAGGGGACUACCCAUCCCAGUUCUACAUCUCGUGGAAUACCUCAGUACUGACACUGGCGGACUGAGAUGGGGUAGAAGCUACACUGGGGCUGGAUACCUGUCCCAUAUUCUGCUAUGGACCUCGUUUUCGUUCUGGAUCCUCACAAACAUUAUGAUGGUGACUGUGGUUUUCUAUGGCGCCUUUUUACUUACCCUAACCGGGAUUACAAUGAUUCUGGCUUGCGUCACCUUCCACGUGCUGCAGCCUCGCCUUGCUUUUAGAAUAAUGGGAAGUGACGUAGACUUUGUGACUUACUAUGGUCCUUGCUUUUGGGCAGUUUUAGCUAUAGGUAUCAUUACCACAAUAAUUGGGUUUGUUAUAGUCUGUCUCGACUAUAAAGUUCCAAAAAUAGCAGCCAAAUAUAUUUUGAUAGAGAAACCUUUCGUCAAGGAAGAUGUAUAUACAAGUGUUCAUAGGAAAUCCAUAGCUAAUGUGCCACAACAGAAGUAUGAUUUACAAAAGAUGUCUUCUGAUGGAAUGAUCAACCUCGGGUUCGAUCAUAAUGAAAUGCUACAAACUCGAGAAAAUCAUUCUUCAGGCCAACAUGAUCAAAUGAAAAGAUGCAACACAACCCCAGGGAAACUCUCUCUUUCGCCAGAGCCUUCUCCUGUCCGGAGAGGUUCUUUGCCUGUUCGCAAUUCUGCCUCGUUGAAUUCGAUCAACGAGCAUGAGUCCGAAGGUUCAAACGAAAGCCCCCGACUGCAUAGGUCCCCUCCACAAUAUUGUAGAAAUGAAAUGAACAUUCAAAUGACAACCUGUCCAACAAUUGAAGAAACGGAAAGAUUGGACAGGUUGAGAGAAAUUUAUAUUGAUGUUGAUAUGCAGCAAAACUCUUUACAAAGAACAUUCAAUGCUUUAUAGCAGUAAAUUUCACAUUUGAUUGGUUGUUUGGUGCGAUUGAGAAUGCUCAUAAAUUUUGUUAGUGUUGAAGUGUAUCUGUGCGUGUAAUAUAUGAUUUUUGUAAGGUAGUAUACUUGUCAAUUUUAUGAAUCUGUCUCAGUUUGUGAUAUUAUCAUAGUAACAAGUUAUCUUGUUAAGAAUUCUAAAAGCAUUUACAUGUGAUUCCAGUUGUGCCAAAGCUGUAAUUAAUUCACCAUAAAUUCAUCAAAAAAGUAUUUAAUUGAAUUUUCUACAUGUUACGUUUCAAAACAAUACUUUUUAAUUCUUUUUCCUUCACUAUUAUCAAAUUCUACAAUUUGGGAUAAAUAAACGUCGGUAUGGUAGCAAGGUAAGUUUGAGACGCACCACAUCUGGCAUCAAUAAUUGGUCUUAAUCCAUCAUUUUUCACACUGUUUAUUUCAUUACUAGAAGCACGCACUCGAUGGCACUCCAGUCCAUUUCAAUUUAAUAUUUCAGUUUGUUUCGAUCAAAUCUAUGAUUUGCUUAUUUGUUUGAGUAAGAUAAAUUGCCCAUAAUUGAGAAAGUUGUUCAUAAAGUCAUCAAUUAUUU